CGAAUCGAAUGCUGUGGGAGUAUGAAAAGUUAAAUCAUGUAAUUGUUGUUCAAAACCUCUGCUCUUGGCCAACCUUGACUCAAUUAUUUUGGAAAAUCGAUCUGUUACGACUUGAAGAGCUCGCCAAACAGGAAUUCGGCGAAGAACUUUUCUUUCAUGACAGUUUUCAGCGAGUAACUAUAACCGUGUAGAACUGGUGCACUGUCACGUGUGUUUAGUAUUGACAUUUUUUGGUUGACCCUGUCACCAGUGUUUGACAUUGCAAGGAAUUUUAAAGGGCUGAUCGUUUCUUGAAAUAUUCUGGAAUAUUUUUGUGUUCUGUGGAGCGGAAUCGCUUCGACCUAUAUUUAUCAUUGAGGAUAUUUGUGUUGUUUCGAAUUCGACAAUAUUGCAAAUUAUUUGAAGAAUUUUACGUGGUGAUCUGUGUUGUCGAUCUGCUUCAGACUUCUCAACUCGCUCUGAACAUGAAUGCCCAGUGUUGACUGAGAUAACGUUUCGAAAAGGUGCAGCGACUCCGAAUUAUGCAGUCAUCUGUGAUGUCCAAGUCUUGAUUAUUGAUGAAAAUGAACUUGAUGAUGGAAGGUUCGAAGUUGUUGGACGGCUGCUGACCAAAUCCGGGACAGUGGCGUCCAUCUCCAGCUUCCCCGGGCGGCCCCCCUGGUCAACGGAGGGCUUGCACCGCCCGUUGCCUUCUCCACCUCAGUUAGCGGACAGCAAAAGUGCCGUCAAUUUCGCCAUAAAAAUGCUUCCCAACGGUAUCCGAGGACUGUCUGGUGGACAGGAGCCCGCCCAAGGCGGUGCCCUUGCAGGACAAACUAGUCCUCCAGCAUUAAGCCCGAAUCUUCCCACCAUAGUGAAGAUGGAACCUCGAUUACCAAGUCCUUGUCUCACAAAUGGCAGUGGCACGAACGGUGAUUUGAUGCCGUUCAGCCCUAGCAAGAGAUCGAGGCAAGAAGAUGGCACGUGGUUGCCUUCUCCUUCCCAGAUGUCUCUGGACUCUAUGUCUCCGCCCCCUGGUGUUAAUGGACACUCAGCAAUCAAUCACAACGGACUCUCGCCUACGUCCAGCUAUGAUGCUUAUUGCUCGAAAGAUAAAGAUGAGCUCAGUCCACCUAGCAGUGUUAUGAAUGGCUGCUAUGAUUAUGACAAGAAAAAGAAAGGCCCUGCUCCCCGUCAGCAAGAAGAACUGUGUCUAGUUUGUGGAGACAGAGCGUCAGGUUACCACUAUAAUGCUCUUACAUGUGAAGGCUGUAAAGGUUUCUUCAGGCGGAGUAUUACAAAAAAUGCUGUAUACCAGUGCAAAUAUGGCAAUAACUGUGAAAUUGACAUGUAUAUGAGGAGAAAAUGCCAAGAAUGCAGGUUGAAGAAAUGCCUCAGUGUUGGAAUGAGGCCAGAAUGUGUUGUUCCCGAAUACCAAUGUGCCAUUAAGCGAGAAACAAAAAAGGCCCAGAAAGACAAGGACAAGCCAAACAGUACAACGCGUGACAGCGGUUCCGACAAAGAAGAGAAACCUGGUAGUCCACCAAAUAGUGGUCAGCCAAAGGCCAUUAGCAAAGCACAGGAAGAAUUAAUCAGCCGACUAGUCGUGUUCCAGGAAGAAUAUGAGUCACCGUCCGAGGAGGAUUUCAAGAAAAUUACAGCUUUUCCUUUAGGUGAUAGUGAGGAAGAUAGUAUGAAGAGAUUCCAACACAUCACCGAAAUAACCAUUUUGACCGUCCAACUUAUUGUCGAAUUCUCGAAGAGAGUUCCGGGUUUUGACACCCUUUCUCGAGAAGACCAAAUCACAUUAUUGAAGGCUUGCUCGAGUGAAGUGAUGAUGUUGAGGACAGCGAGGAAGUAUGAUAUUAAAACAGAUUCCAUUGUUUUUGCUAACAACCAGCCAUACACAAGAGAGAAUUACCGCAGUGCCUGUAUGGGAGACUCUGCGGACUCAAUUUUCCAUUUCUGCAGAAAUAUGUGUGUUCUCAAAGUGGAUAAUGCUGAAUAUGCUCUGCUAACAGCAAUUGUUAUCUUUUCUGAGAGGCCCAGCCUAUUAGAGCCAAAGAAAGUGGAAAAAAUUCAAGAAUUUUACAUUGAAACUCUCAGGGCAUAUAUAUCAACUAACCGACCCCCAGGUAAAAAUUACUUCGCCAGGUUGCUCUCUACACUUGUGGAAUUGCGCACGCUUGGCAACAUGAACUCUGAGCUGUGCUUCUCUCUUAAGGUCCAGAACAAAAAACUUCCUGCCUUCCUCGAAGAAAUUUGGGAUAUUCAACAAUAAAAUUCAUAUUAUGAGCCUCACUCUACAACCAUUCCAUUUUUAUAAGUACCUGCAGCUCUCGGUAUGCUGAAUCGAAAACUAACUGUCCAGCCUGGUAGCCCUUGCGAAGAAAGACACAGUUACAAAACUUUGUGAUUCAUUUGUGGCUCCAUUUUGUAGUUAUACUAUGAGUGAAUCUGUUGAUUAUAAAAACAUUACUGAAAACAUAUAUUUUGGGUUGUGAUUUCUGCUGUGAAGCAGGUAUGUUUCAAUGGAAGAAACGCACAAAAUAAGUUUGGCACGGAAAAGAACUAAAUUGUUUUCCUGGCCGCUAGUUUUAUUGAAGCUACAAAUGUGUGCAAGGGAAGGGACUGCAGUCUAUGGUGAAUGAGAAAGAGACUCCUAUUUUUAACUCACGGAGCAUGUGCAGUAAAGAUUUGUUCAUAACUGGGUGGGAUCAUGGUUUAUCAGUUCUUUACACAAUUCAAUACAUAUAUGAGUCUGCUUCCCGUGUAAUCGUAUGUUUAUAUAUGGUGACCGAGUACCUCUCAUGUUAAUAUUCUCCAAGUCUAUGUUAUGUUCGUACACCAAUAAAAAUAAAUCCCAUACUUCAUCCUUCCUUGUAUUAUACCAUUUGUGUUGCUGGAAAACAUGUCUUUGCAACAAGUUAGAAACAAUGCCUGUUAAUUAGGUUAGUUUGCAUUAAAACAUUUCCUCAUUCAAUAAAGAAUAAUAACCUGUUCUUUGAGGCAGUUACUCCUUUUAUUAUCAUAUAGGGUUUAAUUUCAUCACUGUUUUAUGGUCAGUAAAUGUUUGAAUGUUGACAUUCAUAUUACUGCUAUUUUUAUGUAACAAAAUAAUGCUAUUUUAUGUAUUAUCUGGUAAGUGUUGCAAUAACUCGAUGACCGUUUCAGACACUGUGGUGUGUGAGACUGAAAACGUAGAGUAUUAAAAAUGGGACCAGGUUUUUUGUUGUCAAAGUGAAUUUGAGACAGUCGGGUGUUAAAAGAAUCUUAGGCAUAGUCUGAUAUCUAGUUUUUGCCCUUACCAGAUAAUUUCAAAAAUAACAGAUUUAUUAUCUUCCUUCUGCAUGUAAAAAAGAAAAAUAUAUGUGAGUUUUAUUUUUAAUGAAGCAAAGUUUCACGUCAUUAUAUGAUGAAGUGACUAAAAAGUGUGUAUAUAAUGCCACAGAUUUCAUUAAAUCGUUUUCAUGUUGCCCAAUAUGUACAAAUGUAUUUACAUAAUAUUAUAAAUUCGAUACUGUACAACCCAUAUUUUAAAAAUGAAUUGUUACUUUUUCUGUUGGUUACUCCCUUGAUCAUGCACAAAAAAACAUUCAUUUUGAUAAAAAUGAAUAAUGUUUUACUAUCCAAUAUUCCUUAUAAUUUUUUUUGACUGUUAAAUUUGCAUCUAUAAAUGGAAGCUGUGAAAUUCAAUUUAUUGUCCCAUAGUUUAUUUUAGAAUUGUUUUAACAGUGUGCUGAAAACAUUAGUGAUACUAUUUAAAAUCAUCUGUAAAUAGAUUUUAAAAAUUAAAAACCUAGUAAAUUAUUAUAAGUAUGUCUUGUUGAUGAAAACGAUCUGCUAAAAAUAUCUCAGAUGAUUUCAGGUCUCAUGCGCGAACAUUUGCAGUUCUUUAAAGGGUGCUAGAAUAAAUGUUCGUCCUUAUUCCUUACAUUUAAGAACACCUGGUGCUUUAUGUGCUGUAGCAGAAUUUUUUUACUGUGGAUUACUAAUUGCAGGGCUUAAAGUUUGAACAGUGUUAUAUUUUAAUGGUAUAUUAAUUGUCAAUCUUAUUAAUCAUAGUUAAACAUAUUUCUGUUCUAAAAAAGAGUACUCUUUUGUAUUUUAAUAUUCUAUUUUUCGUAAAGUUUGUAGCCACAGAAUUAAAAAUGUUGUCAAGUCAAUAAUUAGUACAAAUAUACUCAGCUUAUUGAUUUAAAUGGACUCAGAUUAAUGUGUAUAACUUUUUUCACCUUUGUUUUAAAGAAAAUGAAUAUUCUCAGCUAGUACUGAAAGAGUAUUUUGGAACCAAAUAGUUGGACAGUACAGUUACGAUUGCACAUAUUUAUAAAAUAAUAAACAUUAAUUUAAUAAACAUUUAAUUUAUAAAAUAAUAAACAUUUUUUUCCCUGAAAUGCCCGUUAUCUUUCGUUGUAUUUUGGGCAGUUUAAACUUUAUUUUUAAUUGUAUGCUGUAAGUUAGAGGUAGGCAAAUACAUUUGACCACAAGCCAAAAAGUUAUUUUUUAGUGUGUGAUGUGGGUAGGCUUGUGAUGAUCUUUAGCGGUGCUGUUAUUGUUAGCAGACUAUGAUAGGGAGUUUCCCUGGUAGAAAUUAAAAAAAUAAUAACAAAUAUGCCAAAAACGACAUCUGUUUAUAUUUAUCAUCAGGUGAUUGACAUAUAUACUGUUCCAUUCUCAUAUAAAAACUUAGAGGUGAAAUAUUCUUUCCCUAAAUUACUUUUUAAUGUCUUUUUAUAUCAACCAUUUGCAUAUGUCAUUGUUUAAUUUCAAAAUUAAAGCUACCGGAAAUAAAAAUAGGACUAUAUCCUUUGGUGGGUGCUCAUGCUUUGUAGCAUAUGUAGUGAACUCGGGUUUGUUUUUAGUAUAGCCAUCCAUGUAAAUGUGCAUAUACACUGUAACAAUAGACUGUCAUGCUACUGUUUUCAGCAGUUUGCAUCCAAAAUUGGGUAGGGGAAAGAUAUGAAAAUGCCAUCACACAUGAUUUCAUAAUGAGCCGAAUUAAACAAUGAGAGAGGCCACAUUCAACCUGUGUGUAGGUUAAUCACUAAUCAUUGAUUUCUUUGUUUUAUGUAUAUUUGUUAUAUUCUAGUCUGCAAUUUUUUAAAUUUUACUUUAAUUUUCAAAAAGGGUAAAUAAUUAAAAGUAAAAAAGUUAUUAAUAAGAAAAUUUAUGUGUAAAAGGUUCCAAAAAUUAGAAUUAAAUAAUUCGCCAGUUGGCCCCUUCAGUUUUUUAAAUAAGUUUGUUGUAAACUACAGUUAUUUUCCCCUAAAUAUGAAUUAAUUUCUUUCUCGAAAAAUGUAAUUUAAUUAAGGUAAGAAUGUAUCUGUGUCUUAAAAUUAUAAAUAAUAAUAAUUAAUUAAUUAAUUUCAAAAACAGCAUUUUUUAUAAAGUGGUUUUUAAUUGUAUAUAGGAACUACAAUGCAUGGUAUAAAAUUGUGCAGGUAAUCUAAACUAUUGAAAACUUUGAGCCCUGUUAAAUAUCGUGGUAUGGGGCCUUACUUUUUGCAGCACAAAUGUGUGACAUAGUGUGAUUUAGUGUUACAGAUUGCUACUAUAUAACUGUUAUAUUCAUGAAAAAAAUAAUUUUACUUCUUGUCUAGUAGAAAGUGUUGCUUUCAUCCGUGGUUAGACUCGUAUAGAAUUUUGCUUGGUGCUUACGAUUUUAAAAAAAUCGCUUUAGCAUGUGUACUUAUGCAUGUUUUGUUGUUUGAAUGGCAGAACUGUUCUGUUUAGUACUUAAAUGUAAAAUUUGAAUAAAAUUGUUUGUCAGAUAAGAUGAUUUAUAGGUAAUUGCUCAUGUAAGGAAACUACUAAUCUGUUGCCUCUUAAAUGAAAUUGUACAGACUUGUAAACAAAGUAUUCAGUUAUGUAUGUUCUGUGCAUUCUGGAGGAUAUUGACAGGUUUUGAAUUGCCAAUAUAAAGCAUUAAACUAGUGCAAUUUUCAAUCCCCUCCUGGUUAGUUCUUUAUCUGAUCAUGAUCCUUUGUUUCCUCCUGCCAGGAGACUUUUGAAAGCCCUAAAACAGAAAUCUUUUUAAAUUUUUCAAUUUUGAUUAAUUUAAUGUAAUUUAAUUUUAGCUACAGGAUGUAAUUUCACAAGAGAUGACAUCUUUUAAUUAGUUCAUAGCUGUAAAAACAGCAGUUAUGAGAAUUUAAUGUAUAUUUUAUAUUUCCUUAUGGCCACAUCUCCUCCAGAUAUGCUAUUUUAAAUAUCACUUAUUUUAUUUCAAAAAUAAAAGUUAAAUAGAACAGUGCAUUUAAUAUUGUAUGGUUUGCAAAUAAAUAACUUGAUGUUACUGUGUUUUACUGAUAUAAAGUCAUGUAAAAAUUCCAGCUAAUAGUUCUGCUCAGAAUACUCUUUUUUAAUGAGAUAAAAUUUAGCAUUUUAUGUUCUGCAAAAAUGAAGUUGUAGCUGAUUUAUAGAACAGAUUUUCUUGUUUUGUUUUGACUGCAUCUUCUCCGCUUUAUUUUGCUGCAUGUGUGCAAGACAUGGGAUAUAAAAAAACAAAUCACACAUAUAUUUCAAAAGAUAACAGUCUAUGUAUAAAUAUUUAAAUGAAUUGGUAUUUCUCUCAGUUCUGAGUUUGUAUGAAAUGUAGUACAUCAUGAUAGCCUAAAUUAUUAUGUUGUUAUAUUUGUAUAGUAUUUCAUUAUUGUAAAUUAAACUUUAUAUUCCAUGUCAUUGUAAGUUAGUUAGGUAAUUUCUGAUCAACAUCUCUUGUCCUCAUUUCAAUAAAAGAAAAUUUAGACUUACUCUGUUAAAGUUGGGGGAUGGCUAAACUCUUAUGGUAUACUCUCACUAUUGAAGCCUGAUAUUUAUUGUUACCAUUUGGUAGCUAAGAUGUGAUAUUUGUUAUUGGUAAGUGAUGCGCCUUACAAAGACUGUUAUAUGGUGUUGGUUGCUGUUUAUUUGUAAUAUAGCAUUUUUUUUUUUUCCUGUGUAUAUGUCCUACUAAUGUUAAUUGCUGAAAACGUUGCGACUUCCCUGCCUUUAAUUAUGUGUUGGCGAGCAACUCCUUAUAAAUUAUAUAUUUGUUAUUAUUGGAAAAAUAUUAUUGCAAAUAGUAUUACUUAUUUUGAGUGAUGAACUUAAUGCAGUAAUUAUUCUGUAUUGUCUGUUCAUAAAGAACACUUGGUGUAUAUAUUUUGAAUGAAAGUGUCCUUAAUACUAUUUAAGAUCUGUAUAAAUUUAUGAUACCAGAUUAUAUAUAUAUAUAUAUAUAUAUGUAUGUAGGAUUAUAUAUGUUUAUAAUGUCACUAUGGUGUGAAACCAUAGCCAAAUUGUGAACAAAAAAGAAUUAGAUGAAAUUACUCUCAUGUUGAAUUUCUCCGAGGACCUGUAUUUACAAGGAGGGAAGUCGCAUGUUGUACAGUUAUGCCAUGUAGCAUGAAAGGAAAAUGUCUGUCUGGUAUUUCAUUUGUACUGUAGGUGCAGUUUGGAUGCACAUUUUAAAAUCUGGAAAGCUAUUUUCCUGUGCAGAUAUUCUUUGUCACAGUUCAAAUUCUUUUUACUCAGCAGUUUAGCCAUCAGACUGUACAGAUCAUACAAGCACUGCAACACAGUUAUUGUUACUACCACUGAUUGGAAGUAGGUAUUGGGAUUGUGGAUUUAUAUGUUAUCCACAUAAAAAGCAAUGCUUAUUGUACAGAAAUGGAUGGAUCUUACAAUGUCUAUAUUUUUAAAAUUAAAAUUGGCCAGAUUUACUAAAGCUUGA